AUGGCCCGCCCGGCAGCCCCUGGCCUCCUGGUGCCCACCACGGCCUCGCUGCAGCACUGGGGCCGCUCCUCAGCCCCGGAGCCCGAGGGCUACAGCAGCAGCUCGCCCGCACCCUCGCCCGACUCCUGCGGCCUCUCGCCUCCUGCCGCCGCCCGGGGACCUCGCCGCGGCCCCGCUGCCACCCGCCCGCGGGGCGGCCCCGUGGGCAGGAGGGGUGCCGGGGGUCCCGGGGGCCCACGGCAGAGCGCCAGCGAGCGGGAGAAGCUGCGGAUGAGGCGGCUGGCGCAGGCGCUGCACCGGCUGCGGCACUACCUGCCGCCCGCGCUGGCGCCCGCCGGGCAGAGCCUCACCAAGAUCGAGACCCUGCGCCUCGCCAUCCGCUACAUCGCCCACCUCUCGGCCCUGCUGGGGCUCAGCGAGGAGGCGCUGGCCCGGCGGCGGGGGGCGGCCCCCCGGCACUGCCCCCUCUGCCCCCAGGGCCUGGGCUGCUGCCAGCCCCCGCGCCCUCGGCCGCCCCCCCCGGCACCGGCCCCGCAGGACGCUUCGCCCCCCGGCACGGGGGUCUGGGGGUCACCCCCUGUGAUGGAGACCCCCCUGGCACUGCAGGAGGUUCCCGACAUGGGGAUGGGGGCCUGGGGGUCACCCUCCUAUGGUCCGGCGUUGGAGACUCCCCUGGCGCUGCACGGGGUUCCUGACAUGGGGACGGGGGCCUGGCCGUCACCCCCCUACAGCCCCCCUGUGGGGACCCCACCGGAGCUGCACGGGGCUCUUGUCUCCGGCGUGUCCUCCUGGCUGUCCCUUCCUCACUGCGCAGGGGCAGGGACCCUGCCGGACCCCCCCAGCGACCCCAUCCUGGAUGCAGGACUGAUGCUGCCGGAGGUCGCGGAUGCAGGGACGGUCACCCAGGACCUCUCCGCAGAUCUCCUCUCUCUCCUGGAGGCUCUGCUGCCGCCGCAGCCCCAGGACUGACCGGGGCAAACCCAAGCUCCUCGGAGCCGGAGCCACGCAGCGCCCGGACGCCUGUGACUUGGAGGGCGCAGGGGACGCGUGUCCCCCCUU